AUUGCCCUGUAAUGUUCUCGUCUUCUCGGUUAUGUGAAUUGUUGAUCUCUGUCGUUGUGAGCCAAUAGUUGUCCUCCGUCAUGACAAAGCUUGCUGAAGAUGUAAUAUUCGACUUUUUGCAUAUGGAAGCGGUGAAAUAUAUGUAUGAUCAGUGCUCUAAUGAAAAACAUAGUGAAGAUGAUGCAACAUCUAAGCUUGAACACAUGGGAUACUCAACAGGCUACAGAUUAGCAGACAGAUUGAGUCGAGAAUCUCUACGCUUCAAUGAUGAACUGGAUCUACUGAAAUAUGUGUGCAAAGUGGUUUGGAGUGCUGUUUACAGAAAAGAAGUUGACAACUUGCGCACAAACCAUCAAGGUUUCUAUGUUCUUCAUGACAAUGCAUUUAGGUUCUUCACUUCAAUGUCCAGAAGUAAACAGUACUUGGAACAGGCUCCUAAGUAUCUGGCGCUGCCGUGCGGGGUGGUGCGCGGUGCUCUAGCCAACCUCGGUGUGCAGUGCGUGGUCACGGCUGAGGUGACCACGCUGCCUGCUUGUAAGUUUCAGGUGCAGGUGCAGAGAGCAUAAAGGCUGCUCGUCCUGACUACAUUAUCUACUGAGCGACUCGGAGCAAUUAUACUCGUUCUUAGGCCUUACUCUUCUAUAAGGUCAUAAAGUUCAUAGGUAAAUAUUUCUGCUGAUGCUAAGAAUUUUUUUAAAAGUCCGCAUUAGGAAAUGUAAAUAGGCUUCAAAGAGCUGAUGACACUCAGCUUCAUUUUUCUACAGCGUGCAUUGAUAAUAGGCACAAUUGCACCGCACAAGAAGUCAACCAUAAGAAUCAAUAUAUUUUUCAUUGGUUUUUCAGUCUGAAAAUCUUCAUGCUUAACCAAACCUCAUGUACAGUCCCAUCACGAAUUUGCCACCAUCCAUUGAUUUAGAAAGAUCUUUGUGAAGUCGAUUCGAUUGAUCUGGUAUGCUCAGGAAUCAUUAUUUUGGACGAUAAAAUUAGGCGUUUUGUACCAUUGUACAUUAUUGAGGUAGUUACUCAUAACCAAACUGCCACCCAGCGUCUAAAAUGCCAGCUGGCUCCACCGAUGGCCCCUCGUGGCAACUUGUGUGAUCACAUUGUGCUCUCCUGAAGCCUCAGACCAGCAGCCUCGCCUUGGAUUAGCAGCCUUCGUGUCGUGAGUGUCGCUAGGAAUUAGUGACUUUACUUUUUUGCCUCUGUCUCUAUAUUUCUUUUGUACAUACGACUGCAAUCCUAUCAUAUACUUGUGUUUUCGCUCCCCCCUACCCAUACCCUCAUCCCCCCUCCCCCAUGGAGCACUACUGCCUCGAACCCGAUGGGCUUGCCCCAGAGGGCUAGGGGCUCCACUACUAACCAACCACCACGACCCCGACUUCCAUCUGUAUCACCACGUCGCCCUCCCUCAUCAUCAUCAAAAUCAUCACAUCAAUCACCAAGCACUCAUGAACCCUCGAGACCCCAAACCUACAGAAUCCAACUUAAGAAAAUCGACCCCAGACUUCCCACCGACCGACCCAAAAUCUUCCAAACUACAUUCAAAGAACUAGACGCCCCACUUAUCCGACUAACCGACACCGCUUCUGGAUUUUACUCAGUGACAGACGACGCAUCAAUCGACAAACUGAUCUCCAAAAAAGCGAUUGAACUGUUCAACAAAAUUCAUCUGACGCCAAUCAUUCCACCCGACUUACGUGCGAAAAGGACAAUCUUUGUUAGGCAACUGGACAAAGACGUAGUAGGUAACCACAGCCCCGCCGAAAUCAAACAAGAGAUCUUAAUCUUAACCCAACAGAACUGACUACACAUUCAAUACGUCAUUCAAAUAAAACACUACACACACGUCAUCAAAAUAAUCACCACAGACACCACGAUAGCACAACGGAUUCUCACCCACGGAUUUUACAUGUACAAAACCAAAAUCACCCCAUCACAAUGUGAACAGGAACAUUACACACACCUCCUCAUCUGUUACAAAUGUUACAAAUUUGAAGAUCAUCCAACCCACUUAUGCACCUCAACUACACCUUCAUGCUCAGAAUGCGCUGCCAAAGAUCACACACACACAAUGCACAAACACAUACAAAAAAUGUCUCAAUUGCCACAAUGACGGCCGUACACUAGCAGCAAACAGUCCAUACCGCAAACAGAAAAUUCAACACAAACAAUAGACAGAAGUUGAGACAAUCAAGACUACGACCAAUCAAACCUACGUCGACAUCGCCAAACAAACAAUUCAGCAAACAAACAUCCCCCAACACAGCCUGACAUUGACGGACAAGACUCAACUGAAACUAACAGCCAUAAUACUGGAAGCCCAUAUUGCCAGCCUCUCCCGCCAGGAGGGGUUCGGUAGCAUCCUAUCCAAAUCCCUGAAAGCCAACUAUGACAUAGACGCGACGUUCCCCGACAGUGACUCAGCAAAAAUUUUCAACAUCUACAACAAACCUAAGACCAAUACUCCUGAUACUGACUUCUCCCCUGAGACCGAAUUCAUCGAGGACGACGACCACAGACGCUCAUCGCUCAACCUUUCUCAACCGCAGCAAGACGACAACAAUCGAAAAAAUGACCUCCCAUCCCUGAAAUCCAUAACUGAUAUAGAAGACCGCGACCCUAGAAAAAGGAAAAACGCUGACGAACAAUACAAAGAAUCAUACAUUAGUGGAACCGGCCUCAACGAACCCAUCCCCAUCAAACUAUUUAGGAGUUCACGAGACAGAGACGAAAUUCCCACGGACCCUCCUAACCUUUGGUUUGCCGACGAACUAAGAAAGAAAGACUACGGACUGAAGCUCUCGGUGAAGGACGCUGACUCAUCGAAAAUACUUGACUACCUGAAACGUGAAGAAUGAAGAUACUCCAACCAUUAAUAAAUAUCAUUCCUCACGACAUCUGCGCCAACAUGGACAAGCACACAACAACAACCACCAGAAAGACGAAACACUCCACACUCAAACACCCAUCACAAUGACCCCCCCACCCUCUCUAAAGAUAAUACAACACAACGUCCGUCACUGGCACAACAACAGAUUCAUCCUUGCAAACAUUUACAACCAUAUAGACCUAGACAUAAUACUAAUCAAUGAUCACUCCAUUAUAGACAAUAACACUCCCUCAAAAUAUUUAAUUACAUCGUUCACACCAGCAAUAAAGACAACACAAUUCACUCCGGUGCUGCCAUCGCAAUCAAACGCCAUAUCCCAUACAAACUACACGUUAACUUUCAUACAGACAUGCUCGCAAUCACAAUAGACACCCAACAAGGACCCAUCACAAUAGGAACGACAUAUAUCCCACCCCGCACAGGCUACAUCGACUUCCACACACUUUUCAAUAGGCCCCAUCCCGUAUACCAUCUCGCAGACCUAAACGCACGACACACCACACUAGAGAACUCAUCCUCCAACCACGUAGGCAAACAAUUACACUCACUCAUAACCCGACACAAGUGCACCCACAUCGGCCCAUACUUCCCAACCCUCAUCACACACAACAGCACAACAUCACCAGACAUAGUCCUAACAAACAACAAAGCAUUUCACAACAUACACCUACAACCAGGACCCAUCACACCUUCAGACCACAUUCCAAUAAUAGCCACAAUUUCUGCUAACCCCAUACAAAUUCCCAUUCGCCCCGCAGAUUUUUCCAUAGAGCCAACUGGACCUAAUACAAACAAACGCUAUCUCACCACACAGUCCCCACACAAACAAACCCUACUUUAGAAGAAAUAGAUACACAUUUAGACAAAUGGACACAACACAUACAGGAUGCAACCGACACCUCUAUCCCCACUAUAACACAUUGCAUCAUCAAACCUAAUCACGAAAUAUUACACAUACAAACACAAUAUCAAGCUACACUCCAACACAUUCACACACACGGACCAUCAAUUGCACUCAACAGACAACUCAUUACCCUACGCCAACAACUACACACAGCAUACAGACACAUACAAACACAGACUUGGAAGGACCUCAUCAACACUCUGGAAACACAAACAGACCUCCAAAAAUUCUGGUCUUUCCUUAAACGCAUGAUAGGUUCCAACACUAAACAAGCUGUCCCAUACCUCAAACACAACAACAUACAACAUGACACACCCGAACAAAAAGAAUCCAUCUUUCGCACACACUAGCAGGACAUAUUCACACAGAACGACACAGACAACGAAAAGUUUAACAUAGAGAACACAUUCACACCAUAGAAGACCAAGUCAACAACAAUAUACACCUCAUUUCUCUACACAAUACAGGUGACCUUGCAAGACUCCACCCAGUAGACUUCCCACUCAUCACCACCAGAGAACUAUUACGUACACUCAAAACAUUUAAACAGAAAGUACCCGGCCCCACUGGCAUCAUAACCCUCCAACUCAAACAUCUACCCAAAAACAUGAUACACUACCUUCUAUACAUAUUCAAUCACUUUAUUUCCGCUGGUUACUUUCCCGACUCACUAAAACACGCCGUCAUGAUCUUCCUCCCCAAACCCAACACUUCACAACACCAAGUCCAAAAUUACAGACCGAUUUCGCUGACUACUCGACAUCCACGGGAAGCUUCUAGAUAAAACACUCAACAACAGAUUAUACGAACACCUUUCCAUUCACAACAUACACAACACUAGACAACACGGUUUUAGGAAACACAGAGGGACACACACAGCACUGGCCACAUUCCACGAAACACUAGCCAUACAGUUAGCACAAAGACACACCACUGGCAUAGUGCUCCGCGAUGUGACCAAAGCCUUUGACAAGGUUUGGCACACCGGACUCCAGUACAAAAUCAUCCAACUCAACCUCCACCCGUCCUUCACCAAAACACUAUCAGACUACCUUACAGACAGAACAGCAUCCAUAAAAAUUGGCAACCACGUAGGUCCCCCACUACAACUUCACACAGGUGUCCCCCAACGGCUUGUCUCUCCCCCACAUUAUAUAGCUUCUACACACAUGACCUCCCACCACCACUACCCAACACAGAUUACAUAGCAUUUGCAGACGACAUAACACAAAUAACAACAGGACGCUACAAACACAACUAUGCUGCACUGCAAACAUAACACGCAAUCCAACAGAUAAACACAUUCGAAAACAAAUGGCUAAUUAGGACCAAUACUGCCAAGUUCAAAAUCAUCCCCAUCAAUAGAAAAAAUACAUCCGACAUUUUCAUAGACAACAUUCACUACCCAUACACGAACAACGGGAAGGUUUUAGGUCCCAAGUAACUGUGUGGAAAGCAAUAGCUCUUACAAAUCGUCAUAAAAUAUACAGAUUCUAUCACCUUCGUCCGAAUAUAAAACGUACCCUAUACCUCACCCUUGUUAGGUCAGCGCUCAUUUAUCCCUCAAUACCCCUACACACCCUAUCCAAAACAGCAAUAUCACAACUACAAAAAGUCCAGAAUAAGGCUCUGAAAUUCAUUACAAACACACACUGGUCCGACUUCAUAUUAAGACCUUAAGAUCUCCCCAGAUAACAUACCCAGAGUGUUUAGGGACACACACCCAAGGCCAUGCUGAAAGCACCACCUUUUGACGGCGACUAUGCGCCGUCCACUAGCGACACCGAGACUUUAACUGACCUUCCCGGGGCUCGAACACACGUCUAGCUCCUCCAUCUCGGUGCCGCUCUACCGUCGUCACUGCGCAUACAGCGGCCCUAUAACCACUGCGCUACAGUGACGCAUGCAUGCUACAUCCUCCCAAACACUACAUGGACAAAGCAACAUUCCCACAAUAAACACAGUCCUCCACCAACAUGCACGCAAAACCUGGUCCACCAUCAAAACAUACGAUCCCCCACUCUUCAACCAACUGACAUUCCCCCCACACGCCGUAGCAAGGCAGCACCGGCUAUUCCACAGCUCAAAAACACUCGCACUAGGUCCCCCACCUCCACCUCUGUAUAAAUAACCACACAGCGGACCAUGCGGCACCCGUACGAAGUUGUUCUCAUAACAGUUGGGUGUGGCUGGUCCCAAAACAACACAACACUAAGCACUCAUGACACCAUCGCACUGACGGACUGAUGUUACUCACCUAGAGUGACCUACAGCAAAGACGUGACCGAAAACUUUGAAUAUACCAACCAACCCUUCACCUCUAUCCCAGUCUCGAGCGACUCACCUAUCGCCUUCAUCAUCAUCAAUCACCAUUAUCAUCAUCCCCCUUAUUAUCAUAUUCAUCAAGAAAAUACAAAAAAAUGAAUAAAAAUAAAAAAAAAGCGAGAACGCAUGUAUAUAUAUAAAUAGAGCCACCAACCCCCAUCACCUACCUUUCUGAUGCAGCCAAAGCCCCGACGGGUUCCCAUCCUCCCCUCCCCCUUCCCCAACCCCAAACACCCCUCAACCACCUACAGCCAAUCCAAUUACGCGCAAUGCGCCUUUCAUCUUCUACAGUCUUUUCCAUUUCCCUUUCUUUCUGGCCACUCUGCUCCUCCUCUUGUUCUUUUCCACUCUUUCCUAGUGGCACCGCAACAACAAAAAAAGAUCCACCGCUGGGUAACAUAGAACAGGUAACAUAGAAACACCCAUUGCACCCAUAACAGACUCUCAGAUAACAUAGGAACACCCAUAACACCACUACUGGCACUGCUCUUGCUUGCACCGUCUAACUCACGGCCUCUGCAGCGUGUCAUUUUGAUGUGUCAUUCGUUGCCUGAUAAAUCAUAUUAUUUGUUUAUGUUGAUAUUUAAUAGAAGAAAACAUGCGGAAAAAGUAGCCGGAUCAGUAUCACCUCUAACACAUCGUUUGAGUGCGGUUGGUCACAGUUUCUAAAAGAUUUGGUCGCUAUUACUUAUGUGAAAUUUUAAUUCCUAUAUAUUUUAUUAAAUACUUUACCUCGUUAAAAACAGUUAUUUGUUUCAAAUUUGACGUUCGAUUUACGAAAUGCAUCAUUUAGGCGCUGGGUAACAUUUUGUAUCAUUUUGAGAGGUAUAAAAUAUGCCUGCAAAGUAUAUGUUUGGAUUGUAUAAGCUGUAAUGUUUGAUGCAUAAGCAAUUAAUCCUUCAGUUGUGGCUUACUAGUGUUGGUGUUGUUACUGAAAUGUUAUUACGUACAGUUGAGAACCAAAUCGAAAUACAGAAAUCGACGAGCCAUCAAUCUUUUUGUGAACAAUGUUAGGCUAUUCGCAAUCUAAAACGAAAAAAUGUAAAUAACUUUCCAAAUGCUUGUUUACGAUCUUUCAGUCCAAGGUUCAGUCCAGGAGACAAACCUGCUAGUAUUUCGUAAAUUCAAACCUGCUGGUAAAUUCAACACUGGAAAGUCAUUUAUUCCCGAUGUUAUUCACUCCCGGUCAGGGUUUAGCUGACACAACAACCUUUUAAAAAUAUUCAUACUUCCUGUAUGUCAAGGACCCGAAAUAGUUUGUAGUCGACAUCCCUAUAAAGGUUUAGGAUUUUAAUUCCCACCUUCUCAAAGACACGAGAAUGGCCGGACUAAAUACGAAGGCAGUGAUCGCUAUUCCAGAGCUUCAUGUAACUUCAUAUCUUCCAUUAGAGCUUCAGAUCUUUCAUUAAAUGCUCACUGACAGCGAGGCUAUCUUUAGUUAAUUCAGUCUGAUGAAUUUCUCUAGUUGUCGUUUUCGCCAAUUUCAGUCCUGGAGAUAUGCGUGCGCCUGUAAUGGCUGACCGAAAAUGCAUCCGUAUAAUUGGCCGAGCUGAUGUUAGUGUUACCAAGCAACUGGCAUUCAUACCGCCACUCUUGCAUCAUUUCCCUCGGUGAGGCAGGCAUUGAUUGUCUGGCAUUCAUUUUACACCUCUUAAUGUAGUCUUAUUGUAUGUUAUUUGCCUGGACUGCUGCCGUAGAUUUAUGUGACAGAAAUAUUGGUGGGACUCGUUUGUAGCUGUGUUUUUUCUUUUUGGAUUUCCCACCGCUUUGUAAGAUUUUUUUUUUAUAAAUUCGUGUCAGUAUUUGAGUUAAUACACUCUAUAUAACUAAUCAAUUGGAUCAGCGAUAAGUGGUUUGUGGCGUUUCUGAAGAAAAUAAAUUUUGUGCCGAAGUUGAGAUGUUAUAUUACGUUGCAUGAUCAUGAAGCCUCUUCGGUGGCCUCAGGCUUGGAGUUUGUCCCAUUCAGAUGCUGUUGUUGGUGUCGUAUUGGCGAGUCGCUGACGUAUAAUAUAACAUAAAUAAUAUAAUAUAAUGACGUAUGAACGCGCAAUUGCUAUUCAUCCUGACCGGCUGCUAGCACCGUCAUAAGGAUUGGUCGGUGUUUAAUAUUUGAAUUAUUUAUUAUUUGAAAACUCCUGAUUAAGAAAACGAUUGUCUACAUGUUAUUCUACUUGUUAUUUGAAUAGCGAAAUUCAUAAGCGUCGACAUAUUUUGUUAGUACAUAUCCUAAUUUGUUUUAUUGGCAGGUAUUAGAAUGCGAUUUAUGAGAUUCACUCUAUCUAUAUUACUCUUAUAUCACCCCAUUAACCUUCGUGUAGCAAAGAUAACUUCGUAUAACCACACAAGAUCAAUAAAAUUUAUCGACAUAAAUUAUUAAUGUCACAAAUGUCUUUGCAUUUCGUGCUCCGUACGGCUUUUUCACUGCAAAUAAAUGCGUGGAUAUCGCCUACAAACUUACUGCAGAAUUAUGUAUCUAUGUUAUUGUCAGUUAUGUCUCGAGGUUGGCAAUAGUUUUGUCUUCCUUUCUCAUAACUUGUCAGGAUAUGUCAUUAACGCGACACUAACCUUGCUGUGGACAAAGACAUCAUAGUUAUAUUAUUACGCUAUCAAUUUUUCUUGCAAGCCUCGCGUUCAAGUUCUACGCACGCAUUGCAGUGAAGCGUUCCUCUAGCGCACGGUAGUCUUAUCCGCUACAAAAUGAGUCUUUCGUGAUCAAUUUCUUCGGUUGUUAAUAAUUGAGUUCUGAUGUAUUAACUGUGACAUUCCAUUAGAUUUAGCGUCUUUUCUUAUCGUGUCCUUUUGUUUAAUGUGAUAAAUAUUAAGUUUGUUCUUCCCUUAAAUCGGCAGUUUGUGCUCUACAAGAUAAUCUUAUAACAAAAACCAGUCCUCAAAUGGGGACUUUAUUGUGAGUAAUCAGCAAUUAAUUAAUGUCUUUUCCAUAUUUCGUUUACUGCCGAUGUGGAUUUUUCAGUUUACUGUUUGGUUCAACUUUCUUAACCCAUAAUAAGGCUCAGAAAGUUCCUAACAUUAUUCACCUAUCUGGAACCGACGUGUAAUAGUACGGCCUAGUAAAUUGGAGAGCUGCAAGGCAUACAGAAAUGUUCCCGUUUUAAGAAUUUCUAAUUCUAGAUCACCGAGGGUUACAAAUUAUGAUCUUUCAUUAAAUGUUCACUAACAGCGAAGCUAUCUUUAAUUAAAAUUCUUUGCGGAUGUUUAAAAGUUUACUUUGGGUAUGAAAGAUUAUAAUUUAUUGGACCAAAUUUAUUUCUUUUGUACGACAAUACUAAAAAUUUUUUCUUCACUUCGUCACAGUUCUUGUUUGCUGUAACGCGAUUAUAUUCGUAAUAUUCUUUAUUAUGCGAUUUAAGUAGAAUUAAGCGUUACUUUUUCUUGCUAUGUGAUGUCUUUUAUUUGCAUUUCGAACGAAUUUUUAGGAAGUUAAUUUGCAUCCUAAAAACAUCGUGUUGAGCGUUAAUAAAGAGAGAGUAAAGUAAAAAUUAAUAAAUUUC